AUGGCUCCAAAUAACCGGGUUAUCGCCGAAAGCCCCGAAAAUCUCGCGACGACGUACGCGAACGAAGCUACCACGACCCCCUUUGUACCAGAUUGGGAACAAACCUAUCCGCCUUACAAUAUUACUGGACUCGAUGGCGAAGUUUAUCAGAUCAUUGACUAUUACUGGGGCUUUGACGAUCCGCUGCGAUAUGUGCCGAAGGCGGUGUGCCAGAAGGGACCGGGUGAACGGGCCAUCAAUGGUCAUCUCGACCUGUACAUGGCCGACUACAAAUGGGAUGGUCUGCCGUUUCAUAUGCCUAUGAUAGAAAAUCAUGCCAGUGACGAGAAGUAUAUCGCGCUAUCCAUGUUUCUGUUUGGCAUUGUCGGGAUGGGCUUGGCGGUGACUUCCGGAUAUUUGGCGAGGCAAAAUAAGCAGGUGACACUGAUAGUCAGCAGCGCAAUGAUGGCUGACGCCCUUUGCCGCUUCGUCAACUCAGCAUCUCGUGUCUACUAUGGAAAGUGCACGCUCGAUUGGCAGUGUCUAAAAACGGAUGGCUAUCCGUACGCGGGCAUAAUGUACAAUAUGAUAUGGUCUACAAUUGAUUACACGGCAUACUUGACGAUGACUCUAUUGCAACACUGGAUUUCAGUGAUUCGCCCCUUUGGUAUUGGAAUAGAAUCGCCAAUUAAGAUGAAAGAAUCAGCGGCAAAGAACGAGGUCAACCUGCGAUUUGCCACGAUGCUGGUGGCGACGAAUCUGCUGAUUUUUGGCAAACAAAUCGUUGGCUCGGCGGCGAACCUCGUCGCAUCCUGGCCGGAUAUCAGCUAUUUGUCGUAUUCUGUUUAUGAAUUCAUGCACUGCUCGGCCAUCAGUUGUAUCACCAUCACUUUCAACAUGUCGUAUUUGAACGUGAAGCCGGUUAAGCCGAACUCCAAU